GAGUUGGCCGCCAUCCAUCACGCGCACGCCCCAAGACGAGGGGGACGGAGGAGAAAGAGUGUGGGGAGAGGGAGCAAUGACUCGCGGCAAGGGUGGUCCGGUGAGGGCCGCCGUCGACCCCCGCUACUGCCUCGUGAGGUUUAUGAAGCGCAAGGAGGUGCUGAAGCGGAAGGCCGAAGCGCUGGCGACGCGCUGCGCCGUCGACGUCGCGGUGCUCUGCACGGGCCCCGGAGGCCGGGGCGACCUGGAUUGCUGGCCGUCGAAGGAGGCGGCCAACGAGGUGGCGAGGCGGUACGGCGCGCUCGACCCGGCGCAGCGCGCCAAGCACACGGAGGACCACGCCGCCAACGUCGCGCGCCGGCUCGCGGAAGAGCGCGACAAGCUCGCCAGGGCGCGGGAGGGCGGCGUGGCCGGCGCGCUCGGGUCGUGGGACGGCUCGCUCGAGGCCGUGUCCGAGGGGAGGCUCCUGGAGCUGCUCGCCUCCAUCGAAGGCUCCCUGGUGGCCACGAAAAACAGGGCCCUGGAGCUGCAGGCGCCGCUCGCCGGCGCGGCCGAUCGCGCCACGUUGUUGUCGGUUCUCGUGCACGAUGAGGGCACCGUGGACAUCUUUGUGCCGCCGCGGGGCGAAGCCGAUGCCGGUGGCGGAGGGCUCGGGCUCGGGCUCCCCCCACCUCCUAGUAAAAACCCCAAUUCGCCCAAUGCCGAGGAUGCCGGGGACGAGCUGCAGAUACUCCAGCCGCCACGCGAAGCCGACGCCAGGUGGAUGCGGGGUCUUCUUGAUGGUAUCAAGAAAAGGCCCCAGCCGUACAACCCCGCGGCGUACGACACCCGGAUCGAGAGCAUCAGCGUGGGUGGGUUCAUGAUGAAGCUCGACGCCUACGAGUUCAUGCGCUUCGACCUCGGGAUGCCUCCGCCGUGCAUUGCGCCCAAUCCUCUGGACGACGACGACGGCGAGCCACUAAAGCUCUGGUCAUGGGGCAACACCAUGCCAGCCUCCUAAAGCAAGUCUGCAAGUGUGCGCUACCUAGAUGCCGAGCGGGGAAAUCCACGAGUUCGGCGACUUCGUCCGCUGCUUCGCCGGACUCCGGCCGGCCCACCGCCAUGUCGAGCUCGGCAAUUUUGGGUGAUUGCUUUGCUGGACUCCCAAUCGUCUCCAAGGGAAGCUCCUUUUGUGAAUAAGCAAUUCACCAUUGCUGUGCAUUCCUAGGUUGGAUGUUGUAGAUCAGUGACAUUGUAGAUUAGCAUUAGAGACUAUCGAUCCCAGGUCGUCGACAAGAAUUUAGCUCAAUUGAUUGCAUCGGUUUGGUACUGAUGCGCUAGUGAGUAGUGAAGAGUUGCAAUCAUAUGAAUCUAACAGACCGGAAAUUAUCCGGCGAAUCUGCUCAAAGCAGUCAAUCCACAAAAGAAAUCAGUUUACUUGAUGGUCA